CCAGUGUUACGGCUGCAGUGGGUCUCUGCUUUUUCUCCUUUUAGGAUCCUGGAGGCAGGCCUUCUGCAGGUGUUAUGUUUUUUCCCUGAUUGGUGCUCUGCUGCUUUAAAAGCUGUCAUGCUGCAGCAGUCAGGAGGCUUUUUCUCCUCUCCCUCCUCAGAACCCCAGUUGGUUUGGUUUGGACCUUAUGAUUGAGUUUUGUUAGGUUUGUUUUGCGUUUGUUUAUUUCUAAUUGGUUAUGGGUUUUGUAUUAAUUUGUUCUGGCUUCUUAUUUCAGGUAAUCCCUUUUCAGGUUUUACUUAAUAUAAUUUAAUAAAUUUCAUUUUUCAUUAACUCAGAAAAUCCUUGUGUGGUCUCCAUUAAUGUUACCCCACCAAACGAGCCAGGUGGACGUAACAUUGUGGGGGCUCGUCCGAUUCAUGUGGACUAAUUAUGCUUAAUUGGCCUCAUUGUUGGUCUUCAGGUUGCAGUUACAUGCCCCUGAUUUUGGUUUUCCUGUGUUGCAGGUUGUUUGUGGGUUUUGGGCUACUUUAAGGUCUUUGGAACCUUACUAGAUUUUGGACAUUUUUUGUGUUCCAUAUGUCUGUUGUUGGAGGUCCAUGAGGAUUUUUUGCUCUUUUGUUAGAGGGGGGGGGGAGAGAAGUCUCUUUGUUUUGUGUCAGGUAAGUGCUAUCUGGUGUUUGUUGUUUGGCAACUCCAUUUUAGACGACCCUGUUUAUUAUUUUAGUUUGUUAUUUUUGGGCUGGACUCUGGGCUGAGGGCACCGCCGUGGUUUGCUGCCUGACAGGUUUUGGCCUGGUGGGAUUUGCUGCCAGCGGUAUCUUGGUGCUUCAAGUGCCUUGGCUCUUGGAGGAAGGCCUGAAGACUAGGCUAAGAUUAGUCAGGGUUUUGGACACUUAGUUAGCUGUAGGUAAAUGGAGAUUUGCCUUUGGUUAGUACCAGUUAUGCACUUCCUGAUUGUUGGUUAAAAAAAUAAAUAAAUAAAUAAAAUAAAAAACCUGAAAAACAAAAAAAAAAAUGGUAUUUUCUGAUUAGGUUGGUUUGUUGGAUUAUUUUUGUUGGAAAUGGAUGCUGUGGGUUCUUUUUUGGCUUCCCCAACUUUAGAACUGUUGGAAAAGCUUACUAAGGAGCAGAUUCAUCAAGUAGCUGAACACUUUGAAAUUGACCUUGGAGCUGCAAAAGGAUUUAAAAAACCUCAAUUAAGGAGUUUCUUAAAAGACAAACUUGUACAACUAAAUGUCUUUACUAUUUCUCUUUCAGAUGCUGAUAUGUCAGAUGUAACUUCCCGGGGCAUAGAUUCUUUAACUGGUGCUUCAAAGUUGGAUGAUGACUCGUCAGGUCCAAUAGUAUCUCAAGAGUCUCAAUUAAAGUUUCAAUCUAUGAGAACUGAGAUGGAAAUGCAGUUUGAGGUGGAAAAAUUGCGGCUAGCACAUGAGCUUGAGGAAAGAAAACUAGCUUUACAAGAAAAGAGGCUAGCGCAUGAACAAGAAGAAAAGAGGUUAGCACAUGAGUUGGAGGUUAAGAAAUUAUCUUUGGAAGCUGAGCGCUUGAAGUUGAGGUCUGAGGGCAGGUUAAGUGGUGGAUCUUUUAAUCUGUCUCAAGGUGGUGAUGGGUUUUCUGGACAUAACUUGGUUAACAUGUUGAAGCUGGUACCCAAGUUUAAUGAACAAGAUCCUGAUGUGUUUUUCUCUUUGUUUGAGGACAUGGCAGAGGACAAUGAGUGGGGUGAUCUCGAUUGUUCCAUUCUGCUGCAAAGUGUGCUGGUGGGUAAGGCCCAAGAAGCUUAUGUUUCAUUAACUUCAGCUGAAAGAAAGGUAUACAAAUCUGUUAAAGAAGCUGUUUUGAAGGCUUAUGAACUGGUUCCUGAACAUUACAGGCAACAAUUUAGGAACUGCAGGAAGGCUGAAAAACAGACAAAUACAGAUCUAGUCAGACAACUAAACACCCAGUUUUAUCGUUGGUUAUCAGCUGAAGGUGUGAAGGAGUUUGAAUCCCUUUGUGAUUUGAUGGUGUUGGAACAGUUCAAGACCAUUAUUCCAGAUCGGGUUGCCACAUAUGUUAACGAACAAAAAGUAAAAACUGCUGCUAAAGCUGCUGUCUUGGCAGAUGAGUAUGUUCUGACCCAUAAAACUGUGAGGGAUUACAAUUGGAAAGGCAGCUAUAGCUUUAAGGAAUCUCAUCAUGACUGGUUCUCUGGUAAGACUGGAGUGGAACCUACAUUGAAAUCUAAAGCAGACUCUGUUUGUAACUAUUGCCGCCAGAAAGGACACUGGAAAAAUGAGUGUCCUCUGAAUACCAAAAUUAAAUCGGCUAGGAGUAAACGAGAUAAUCAAAAACCUGUUGCUUUAGCCAGCGUUUCACAGUUGCAUUCAGUGGAGUCUACACAUCCAGCUAAAGUUGAAAGUGUAAGACCAACUGUUUUGGCUGCAUCUGUUGACUAUAAGUUUUUUUCAGAACUGACUGAUACAAAUCCCCAGAUUUGUGAGAAGGAUGUCGGACAAGACUAUGCACCUUUCAUCACAAAUGGGUUUGUUUCUUUGAGUGGCAGUUCAGAUAAAGUGGCUGUGAAGAUUCUACGUGACACCGGAGCAUCUGAAUCCUUCAUAUUGGAAUCUGUUUUGCCAUUUUCUCUUUUAUCUGAUACUGGUUGUAGUGUCUUAAUUAGAGGUAUUGGGUUGGAGACUUUCUCUGUGCCUCUUCAUAAGAUCUACUUGCAGUCAGAACUUGUACAAGGAGAGGUAACUAUAGCUGUUCAUCCUUCUUUGCCUGUGGAAGGUGUGUCUCUCAUUCUAGGAAACAAUCUGGCAGGUGGACGUGUGUGGCGAGAUGUUGCACCCCCUCCAGUGGUCCGAGCUUGUCCAUCCGUUUCUGUGUCAGACGUAUGUGCUCGAGACUUUCCUGAGGCUUUUCCAGCUUGUGCAGUAACUCGUGCCAUUACUCGUUCUUUGGCUGAUAAGGAGGACGAGUCUGGUAAGCCUGGUACUAUUCUUGAGAAGACUGCCUGUUUGCCAACUCUUCCUGUUCCUUUGUCACUCAGUGAGUUGAUUGCAGCCCAGCAGGAGGACACAACCUUAGCUGCUCUGUUUGACCAAGUCCAGGCAGCUGAACAGGACACAAAAGUGUCAAGUGGAUAUUUUCUACAAAAAGAUCUGUUGGUACGUAAAUGGUUGCCUUAUAGUGACAGGGAAAUUGUUGGUCCAGUUUAUCAAGUUGUUGUUCCAGUCAAGUUCAGAAACCUUGUUUUGAAAACUGCUCAUGGAGAAUUGUCUGGACAUUUAGGAGUCAAUAAAACUUAUAAUCGAGUUUUACAACAUUUUUAUUGGCCACGUCUAAAAAAAGAUGUCGCUUAUUUUGUGAAAACUUGUCACACUUGCCUGUUAACUGGGAAACCUAAUCAGACCUUGAAACCAGCUCCACUUUUUCCCAUACCUGCUGCUGGUAAACCUUUUGAACACUUGAUAGUGGACUGUGUUGGCCCACUGAUUCCUUCAAAGUCAGGAUCUGUGUAUUUGCUGACAGUUAUGUGUAGAAGCACUCGUUAUCCUGCAGCCUAUGCUCUGAAAACCAUUACGACAAUCGGUGGUCAAAGCUUUGUCGAAUUUCAUUUCAGUGUUCGGAAUUCCGAGGACCAUUCAGACAGACAGAGGAACCAACUUCACUUCACGUAUGUUUGCUGAGAUUUUGAAACAACUUGGCGUAGUUCAUCAACAAAGCAGUGCUUAUCAUGCUCAAAGCCAGGGGGCGCUAGAGCGUUUUCACCAAACCCUGAAGGCAUUGUUGCGAGCAUACUGCACAGAGUUGAGUAGAGACUGGGAAGAAGGUCUGCCUUGGCUUCUUCUGGCAGCUCGUGAAGUUGUGCAAGAAAGUACAGGGUUCAGUCCGAAUGAACUCGUGUUUGGACAUCAGGUGCGUGGUCCUCUCGCUAUUCUAAAAUCGAACUUGGAGAGUUCUGAUCCACCAUCAAACUUGUUUGACUACAUUAAUGGUUUUCGUCGCAGACUUUUCUUGGCUGGCAAACUAGCCUCUGAGAAUCUUAAAAAGGCUCAGAGAAAAAUGAAACAAUGGUUUGACCAAAAAGCUGAAAGAAGAGUGUUUCACCCAGGAGAUAAGGUGCUUGCCUUACUUCCCAUUCAGGGUUCACCAUUUCAGGCAAAGUUUUACGGUCCAUAUUUUGUGUUGAGACAGGUGUCUGAACAAGACUACAUGGUUUCUACCCCAGACCGUAAACGACCAACUCAACUGUGCCAUGUAAACUUACUAAAGCCUUAUUUUGGUCGUACUCUGGAGGAAAAAGAUGUGAAGGCAGUUGCUGCUUCUGUGAAAGUAGACUUGAGCUGCACAGCAGGAUUAGAUGAGGAUGUGCAAACUCCAGAUGAUGCUGUGUUUCAACCAAGACUUAAGAACUCUGAGAUAUUGUCUAACUUACAAACAUUAUUGAGUCAUUUGUCUACGGAAAGAAGCGAGCAGUUGAAGCAGUUAAUUUUGGAUUUUCAUGUUUUGUUUAGUGACAUUCCAACAUGUACUAAUUUAAUUGAGCAUGAUAUUGAUGUGAAAGAUGCGCAGCCCAUCCGUCAACAUUUUUAUCGUGUUCAUCCUGAGAAAAGCAAGUUUUUGGAGACAGAAAUUCAGUAUUUGCUGGACAACGGCCUGGCUAAACCAUCUUGUUCCAGUUGGGCCUCACCAUGUUUGCUGGUUAAAAAACCUGACGGUACUUAUAGAUUCUGUACUGAUUACAGGAAAUUGAACAGCAUUACAAAACCUGACUCCUACCCACUUCCUCGGAUGGAAGAUUGCGUUGAUCGUGUUGGAACAGCGAAGUAUAGUCCAAAUCAGCGGUUGAUGCGAUGGGCCUUAUUUCUGCAACCUUACAACCUUGAUAUUCGGCAUAUUCGAGGCACUGACAACGUACUGGCUGAUGCAUUGUCUCGUGCCAUUGAUGGACCAGAAUAACAAGAAAGAUGGUUACAGAGGUCCUUGUUGGGAUCCUCUGUUUAAAGGGGGGAGGUGUUAC